AUGGGUACAAGAGGCAUUUCGACCAGGUGGAAAGUGUUCGGGACUGCGGAGCAUUGUGCUGAUGCAGAAGUGAUUUAUAAGUUUUUGGAAGUUAAUGAGAUUGGGAAGACAUAUGCUUUGUAUUAUAUAGCUUAUACUUUGCAUAUGGAGUUUAAGUCUAAGGUUAAAACGGCUAAUGAGAUCUUUAAUCUCGGAAUCUCUAGAAAUGCUAAGCCUAUUGAAAAGUUGAAUGAUGUUUACAAAAAGUUCAUAGUGAGAACUAUGAGAAGUCCCAAAACAGCUGAUGAAGAGCCUAAGGAGAAUGAUAUGCCGUCAAGAAGCUUUGGCACUGUGUUGUCUAGGGGAGAUAUUAAUAAUGCAGGAAGACAAGCUUUAGGUUCACAAGUCAAAAAAACGCUGAGAUCAUCAGAUAGGUAUUGGUGUCAUAUGUGUUCACAAAUUGUGAAUCCAAUCCUUGACGCUGAGAUCAAAUGCCCCCUUUGCCAAAACGGGUUUGUAGAGGAAAUGAGCGGUGAGAAUAAUGUUGGCAGCAGCAACAGCAACAGCAAAAGCCUAAGGGAGAUUCAAGACUCGGAGAUUGAUUUCAGUACAGACUGUGCAUUAACUCUAUGGGGUCCAAUCUUGCUUGGGAUGACAAGCAAUCAUCAUAGACGUAGAAGGUUUAGGACAGAGCUUGGCUUAGAUAACGAUGAGGUCAACGUUCCUGCUCCUAAUGAUGUUGAUGGAAAUGACAACAAUGUCGAUAACCAUCAUCAUCAUCAUUAUAACCGUCGUCGUCAUCGUCACAUGCAACAUGAUGGAGAGGCUGAUCUAGGCAGGGAGUUUGAUUCCAUCAUCAGGAGGAGAUGGAGAAGCGCAGCUGCGAUAUUGCAGUUGUUUCAAGGCAUUCGUGAAGGGCUUAACACCGAGGAUGAGAGCUCGGAAAACAGGAGCCAGUUUAACAGAGCAGCUUAUAAUCUAAUCCGGACAAUACUUUUCCUUCUCGAGCUGGAGAUAACUUUGUUGGAACCGGGUUAG